UGGCGGGGUUCGCAGCUGGUCGUAGUGCGGGUACCUGCCACAGCGUGUCCGAGCCAUUGGCCGACUGGAAUGCAGUGGAAGCACCACGCACCUGCGACCUUUUCCCAAAGUAGAGUCUUGGACAAGUGUGUGGCUUCCGAGGACAAUAUGCUUUGUAGCGAUCUGUAAAAACUUCUGUCCCGAAGAGCGACGGCGAUGGUCAAGAAUCCCCUGGAGUCAUGAUUAGUAGCUGCUGGUUGCUAUGGCGUCCUACACUGGCAAGCGACAGCUUCAGCUUACUGCACUGUUCUUUGGCGCCCCCUCCUGGCAGGUGACCAUCCCCUAUCAACACCACCGUGUAAAAUGAAUUUGCACUCUUGAACCACACAGAAACCUCGAAUAUACCGCCAAAUAAUACCGUAUAUAUCUUGAUACUGCAGAUACCGUCUUGUCUCUGUUGAAACGUAGCACCCCUGAAUGGAUUUUAACGAGAGUCAGCGCCAUGCGGCUCGGCCCGUGGCUGUGCCAAAUUCCUUCUUCCGCAAAAAGGCAGCACCAGCGCCAUUUGGCAACUCUGCGACGCGAGAACGGUACACAGGACCAAGAUCAGAGCGUAGGCACCGCAACGUGUAUCCGUCUGGUGGACGCCGGCGGAGAUAUGUGGUAGAUGAUCUCAAUUAUUCACCCCCAAGCUCUCGGUCUAACUCGCUCUCUCGUUGCCGUCCAUCGGUCGAGGCUGUCAUCCGUGGCCCACGCCGGCUCCUGGAGGUAUCCGACACUGAUGGUGAAAGCGAUAUUGACGAGCUAUCUGACGACAGACAACGUCCGGCUAGAGAGCGAAGACAAGGUAGAGGACCGGGGCUGGAUGAAACAGAAACUGAGAGAGAAGGUCUUUAUCGCUCCAGAAGACCGAGAGGCCGUGUGACAGUAGAGGUACAAAGGGAUGAGCACCACAUCCCAACUACAUUUGCAAGCCUACCAUCAAAAAGGCAGACAGAUGCACCUGAAGACGCUCAUGAAGAGCUGUAUAGAACGGAGCAACCCACGCACACGGCGAUAUCAAGAUCAAGAUCACCCUCUCAACGGCCUCGAAUGGCUACUGCAGGACGUUAUGCAGAAUCUGACCACGAUGAUUUCGAAGCUGCAGUGUUUGAAGCUGCUAACCGAGAUCGGCUACAAGAAAGGGAUAUGGAUGUUUAUGAUGAUUUUGGAUUUACCUGUGCUCGAAUCACAGAGACGGCCAGUGAUUCAUCCUCGGCGUCAAACACAUUCAAACUCGAGGGGGCUCCAACAAUUCCUCUAGAACCAGAAUCGUCUUGGUCGUCAGAUGUUGUCAAUGUGUAUUCCUCUCGUUACAGUGGUGAUGUGGAGGACGGGGGGUCACAUCUUGUUCAGCUUUCGCUCAUGCAAGGGCUGAGGGGCCCUAGCCGUCCCCUUUUUAAGUGGCUGCAUAUACGACAGGGUCAAAUGAAUAUUGACCAAUUUUGGGUUCAAAUAAAUAAAACCGUUCGUUUGACGGAUGCUCAGAAAACGGCUAUUGCCAAAUUGAGAAUCAAGGUCAAAACCGUUUGCCAGAAGUCGCGACAAAACAUUGACGGCCAACAAGUUGGCUAUAUGGAGCCUCACACUAUCGAUGUACCGGUCACGCAAAGCAACCGAUCCACUCAAGAAACGAGUGUCAAAGAAUCGACGAUACGGUGGAUGUGUCUCCCUUACUUCUCUUUGCAACAGUACUCCGGGCUCGGAAGCGUGGCAGAGAAGACAUCUUUUCCCUCUGUUACACUACUACAAGAGCAGUACUCACGUACAACACGCCAGCGAGACCUGGAUCAAGCAGUUUGCCAGCUAGGUGUGGCUGAAAAAGGGCAAUGCUUCCACACCUCUCAGCUAUGGAGCCUGGUGUUAGAUAAUGAUUUGCUUGUUACUUGCGGGGAUAUGGCUCGGGCAGAUUUCAAAAGUGAAACCUUGGAUUUUGCUUAUGAGCUUGCUGCUGGUAAACCCAACGCACUCGAUAAUCCAGGUCGGAUAUUUGUGAAAAAGGACAGUUCCGUGGUCUGGGCUUUCUCAGCCUCUGAGUGUGCAACGUGGUUUGAUUUUAUUUCUCACUUUUUAGAAUUUUGGCCUACAUACAAGCUGUCCUUUGAACAUCACGGCAAGGUAGUCGUUUCCAAAGACUGGCCGAAACUGCUGAGAUAUGUCAAAUCGAAAGGCGGAGUUACGUUGGCAUUGAAAAAAGAGUUAAUUACAGAACCAGCGCUCAAAGCUGCGCUUCGGCCGGAGGUUGACGAAAACCCAGCGCAAGUUCCAGACUCACCGUUCCAUGUGUUGGACCUGGUCAAUAUACCAACAGAAGUAACCACAGGAAAAGAACCAUUUAUUGACGUUCUGGGAACCCAGAUGGAGUCUGUGGCGUUGUUCUUGGAAGAAAAGACGUCUUUUGCUAAACAAACGGCAUAUAAGGCUUGCCCUCGAGCUACACGAGCUGAUGUUCUUUCAUUUCUCCUGGAACAAGCGUCAGUAGUUGAUGAGAAAAAGGAUGAUGAACUGCGUCAGAUUCAGGAGGACCGGGUUAGCCUUUUCAAUGUUGCUGAUUCAUGGUAUCAAUUAUUCCUACCACCCCACUGCCAAUACCCUACCGUCGACAAAUUUUGGGGUGCAAUAAUGGAUGUUAUGAAGUCUCACCAAGAAGCUCGAUCUAGCCGUCUGGAUCUCAGAUUUGCUCUUAUAGAUCUCCGAUCCGCCCUCAGUUCUCUCUGGCCUAGAAUCGAGAGUUUUCAACAUCUCCUUUCUUUCGCCCCAAAGUCUGAGAAAUCUAAAAUCACAGUGCCUCGUGAAUUUAGCCAGGCUUGGCUGCACCUGAUUUCCUUGUUUGUCACCUUCAUCGACCGAGACUUUACCGAAGAUGAUCACCUGGAGAAGAUCGAAGCUCUCAUAAACGACGGAAUGGCCACCAUUAUACGCGGCUUUCCCAAGCAGAAUCUGACGGAUAAUGUCACCGUGCCCCCCAUGGAAAUUCUGUCGUUGAUUAGUAUGCAACUAUUCAAAGAUAGAGUAGGCAAAGCGGACGAUAUUUUGCAAACCUAUUCACAGUAUUUGGGGUCUCUGGACACUGAUAUUGCUGUUCAAGCACCCACAAGAUCCCAUCAACACAUGAUUGAUCUUGUCAAACAAGAACUUAAUUCUGUAAAGUCGACCAUUUGGAAGCAACGGCGCGUAGUUGCAGAGAUGAGGUAUUCUUUUACUGGCGAUGAGAAGAUCAUGGACCAAUUGUACGAAACUGAAAACCGAAACCGGAAAGGCAGAGACUCAAAUAAAGUCGGCCCAUACUAUAAUUCAAGAGGAGGUCGAGACAACCGGAACAACGAUGGCGGUCUUGGCGGUACGAGGCCAUCACUGAUGAACGAGCAUGGGUUGCGAAGUUUGUUUCUUCGCGAGUGUGCAAACGCCUUGGAAUCGCGAGAUUUCGACUUUGCCCGUUUCGGUCAGCAGGUUGAAUAUCUUACAGAGAUGGCGGCCUACAAGAUGGAAUGGACCAAGGACAGACAGGAGAAUGCUGUAUAUGCCUUUACGAUUGUGACCAUCAUCUUCCUCCCCCUGAGCUCCAUUGCCGGAAUAUUUGGCAUGAACACUUCAGAUGUUCGCGAUAUGGACUACCCGCAGUGGCUUUAUUGGGCGGUAGCCUUGCCUGUUACGGCUCUGGUUAUUGUUGGUGGCCUGUGGUGGAUGAAUGAACUGGGUAACGUUUUCCGCUGGAUCACUGGCCAGCAGAGAAGAAGUGUGGCACAGCCGCGCUUAUCCACUACUGUGACGGCCCCUGUUUCUUAUACUUCCCCAUUUGCACCGGAUUCACGGCUACCACCACCGUAUUACACACCACGACCAAGAUCGUCACACUUGUUUGGCCAAGAGGUGCCCGAUGCCGUCAUCGGCACACCAUUCUAUCAGCGUGCUCCCGAGGUAUUGCGGCGACGAAUGAGGCACCAGCCGACCUACGACUAAUGAUUCAGAAGUUGUAAUAGAUGAGAGAAUGAACUAGCA